AUGGCACCUGAUGGUACUGUAUGCUUAUGUUCUCUAGAAUGCUUACAUCCAUGCAAGAAUGGAGGAAAACUGAAUCAAGUCUGCGAAUGCGAAUGUCCUUAUAACUGGUCUGGUGAUCAAUGCGAAGUGUGCAAUAAGAAGUGCACAAAUGGAAGCCCUGAUAAGCAGUGCACAAACUGCGUGUGCGAAAAAGGAUUCACGGGUCCCACGUGCCAAGAGGCUUGUCGUGAUCUUGACAAAACAAGUUUUUGCGAAGAAAGAAGAAAUGCAGGCUAUUGCAAUCAUUACAAAUACAAAGACUAUAUGAAUGAUUACUGUGCUGACACGUGUGGGUUGUGUCCAACCACACACCCUCCAACACAGAUUCCUGAAAUCAAAGACAUCACCUGCUAUAAUGACAGAGGAGCAUCAUAUAAAGGUACAGUCAGCUACAUGGGUUCAGGAAAAGUGUGUAGCCCAUGGGCUGGCCGACACGUUCAUGGUAUCACCAGUGGCGUGUCACUUGACUCAAACUACUGCAGAAAUCCUGAUGGCAGUGCAAAACCAUGGUGUUUUGUAAACGAAACAGGUCGUGGUUGGGAGUUCUGUGAGUCAAUAAGAAGAUGUGGUUCAUGUAAUCGAGUGUGUGCCCAAGGAGGGAUGCUGGAUGAAUCUUGCAAUUGUCAUUGCCCAGUUGAAUGGACAGGAGAUAGCUGCCAGUGUCCAAGUUAUAAGACAAAGUGUCAAGACAUCAAUGACAACUGCCACUAUUUAGCUAAAAAGUGUUUUGAGGAGACCGAAGAAGCCGAGAUGAUACAGUGCUACUGCCCAAAGACGUGUAGCAUUUGUUGAAUGCCACACAAAGUAAUGUUAGCGUCAGUUCUGCCUUGCAACAAGCAUUCAACUCAAUGACAAUUUUGACCACACUUUUUAGACACAUCAACCAUGUCUCACAAAAUCUAGAUGUUCAACACAUCUCUGUUUGUGACAGCUGGUUUCGUUACUGAUUGAAUUAGACCGUAUGAUUCUGAUUGUAUGUCAUCUAUGAUGUUUUAGAAAUAGCUACUCAAGUGCUUGUCAAUUUGAAGACUUUCUGUGCA